GAAGGGGGCGCCGGCGGAGCUGUGGGGGGUGUGGCCCGGAGUGCAGCCUCACCGCCUACGCCUCCUCGACCUCCCCUUCUCAUGUGUCGAAUGGGCCCAAACCCCCCUGCCGUACCACACCGAACCCGGGUAUGUCGUACAACCAGAUGACGUCACCGCCUGGGAUCUAUCGAAAGAGCCGCCGCCGCCGCCACACUCACAUUCCCACUCGCAUCCGCCGCCGCCGGCUGCGCCGUCGAUCGCAUUCGCCGUGUCGUCGCUGCUGUCGUCAACCUCCUCCGCGGCUGCUGGUAUUCCCAUCAUGGAUCACGACUUGCGCGGGUUCCGAAGCGGCAGUCACGACGGGGACAGCGGCAAUGAGGGCGGCGGCAGGGCCAGUGGCGGCGGCGCCGGCGAUGCGCCGUACGGCACUGGGCUGUACGGCAACAGCCUCAGUCGCGGCAGCGGUGGCGGCGGCGGCGGCGGCGACGCCGCCGUCACUACCGCGACGGAUGGGGGUCAGCUUCUGUCGCCAAUGCCAUCGCCGAUGCCCGCAGCGACUGCGGCGGCGGCGGCGGCGGUUCCGAGUGAAGCUCAUCUGGUGUUCACACUGACGGACGGACGAGCGGGGGUGCUCUCGGUACGAGGCCGUCGAAUCGCCGACACGCGCGUGAAACGGCCCAUGGCUGGCUUACUAAAUCCGUUGGAGCUAACCGCCACGGCGAUGGCGGCGGUUGGUCGUACGGCAGUUAUGGGGGACAGCGAAGGACGGUUGGCGGUUUGGGAGUGGGGCACCGGCAGGACGACGAUCAUGGCGACAGGGCUGGGCCUCGUACGGAAAAUCCAGAUCCAGAUGUGUCAACCGCCGGCGUCACAGCCCCCUGUCUACAUCCACCGUACAACAACCACCACCGCUCCUGUUUCGACUGCGGCAACAACAUCAACAUCUGCCGUACAUUCACCGUUCUCCACCACAUCGGUACCCGCCACUGGAGGUGGCGGCGGCGGCGGUGCCAGCGGCGGCGUGUACGUCAAGGCGCGUGUCGCCGCACUGUUCGCCUCGGGUCAAUGCUGCAUCUUUGACCUCGACUCAACCAACAAACUGCGACCAACCGACGUCGGCGCCGGCGCGAUGCAACGGUCCGGUGUACGAGCCGUACUGGAUCUCGCAU